CGGGACCCGCUGAAUCCAGAGGGACCUGCUCGCUUGCUCGGUGCCAAAUCCAGUUUCAGGACGGAGUCAGGCCCAGUAAACUGAGCUCCGGACGCGCUGGUUCCUUUUGGGUCCUGACUCCGGACCCCCUUGCGUCCUACCAUGGGCCGCGUCUUGGAGAUAAACAGACAUUUACUCUGACUGGCACCAGUUAUGAGACCCCAAUGGACCUGGUUCCCUUCGGCGCACUGCCAGGACAGCAAAUCUCCUGGUCCGGACCAGGAGAGGGAGAGGCGCUGGGCUGAGCUGUUUGAUCAGCUGGACCUCAACAAAGAUGGACACAUCGACAUCGUCGAACUGCGGACAGGGCUGGCAGGCAGGGGGCUUUCCAGAGGCUCCCUGGAGAAGAUGGUGGAGGCCGGAGACACCAACCAGGAUGGAGUACUGGACUUUAAAGAGUUCACCCAGUACCUUCGCACCCAUGAAAAAGAGCUCAAACUCAUGUUUAGAAGUCUGGACAAGAACAAUGACGGUCAGAUAGAUGCAGCAGAGAUCCAGCACUCUCUACGCACCAUUGGUGUGGAGAUUAGCCUCAAGGAUGCCACCAGGAUUCUGCAAAGAAUGGACAAAGACGGCACCAUGACCAUUGACUGGAAUGAGUGGCGGGACUUCUUCCUGUUUAGGCCUCUCACUAACAUGGAGGACGUAGCGCGCUACUGGAAACGUUCAAUGAUGUUGGAUAUAGGUGAGCAGCUGACAGUCCCAGAUGAUUUUUCUGAGGAGGAGAAGAAGUCUGGCUAUGUGUGGCGGCAGCUGAUGGCUGGAGCCUUCGCUGGAUCUGUAUCUCGGACUGGGACCGCUCCCUUAGACCGCCUCAAAGUCUUCCGACAGGUCCAUGGUUUUGUUGAUUUUAAAGGGACUGUGCUGAACGGUUUUCAGUACAUGCUGAAAGAAGGAGGACUGCGGUCAUUAUGGAGGGGCAAUGGAAUCAAUGUGCUCAAAAUUGCCCCAGAAACUGCUAUCAAGUUCACAGCUUAUGAAAAGAUCAAGAAUGUGAUGCGUAGCAAAAAUGAGACAAGAAAUCUGAGGGUUCAUGAGAGGUUUGUUGCCGGCUCUUUGGCUGGAGCUACAGCUCAGACAGCCAUCUACCCAAUGGAGGUGCUGAAGACCCGUCUCACACUUAGGAAAACAGGCCAGUACUCAGGAAUAGCAGACUGUGCCAAACAGAUCCUACAGAGAGAAGGUGUCGCAGCCUUCUACAAAGGCUAUGUACCCAACCUGCUCAGUAUUGUCCCUUACGCCGGCAUCGACCUGGCCGUCUACGAGACUCUGAAGUUUGCCUGGCUGAACAGGAACAGAGGUUUAGCUGACCCAGGGGUCAUGGUGCUGGUCGGCUGUGGUGCCGUUUCCAGCACCUGUGGACAGCUGGCGAGUUACCCGCUGGCACUGAUCCGCACUCGAAUGCAGGCACAAGCUUCAGUGAAGGGAGCCCCCAAACCCUCCAUGUUGGCCUCGCUUUACAGCAUCGUGACGCAGGAGGGUGUGGCCGGACUUUAUCGAGGAAUUUCCCCCAACCUGCUGAAAGUGGUCCCUGCUGUCAGCGUGUCCUACGUCGUCUAUGAAUACACAAGGAUAGUCCUGGGAGUGGACAUUGAGGGUAGGAGGGGUGGGAAAGAGAAGGCGUAGAAUAAGGUUUGAUGGUUUGGGGUGGCUUUCAACUACAAGCACGUACAGAUCUGUUGGCAGUGCAUGAAGACAUGGCCCUUUACUGUGGAUAAAUACAUGGUUUUGUGAUCACAGAUCGUGAGUGUUCAGGGUGAGGACGAUAGGACGGAAAAUCGACCAAAAAAACCUGUCGUUAAAGCCUCACAUUUGGAGGACCUCACCUGAACCGGCAGCUGCUGUGAUGAGUUACUUGUGUGAUAUAUUGAAUUGCAGUGCAUGCAGUUGUGUGAAAGCUAAUCCACCAGCUUCCUGCUACUGCAUUGACUUGGACAGAUGAAGACUUGCAUGAUCUUGCCUGAGAACGAACAGGUAAAGGAGGCCAUGUUACAUUCCUACAGCAUUAUUUUUUUCUCCUAGGUGGUAUAUAGAGAAGAUACAGGAUUGAUAGGAGGACUGAUUCAACUUCCUGUUCUGUACGCGAGGGGAACCUGAAGUCGCUGCACAUCGGUGGAGUUACAGACUUCUGACUUUGAAUGAUAGCGUCUUAAAUAAAUGUUACAAAUACUACAAUACAGCAAUAAUUUUAAAACAACAACAAUGUCUGAACAUACCUCCAAUGACGACUGAAACACAGGAUGGUGAAAAAAGGAGGAGACGCUGUCGAUCUUCUCUUUCCUGUGAGGAUUACUACUGAGUACUGUAUUUUUCACAGGAGUGGAACUACCAAAGCCAUAUCAAGAAGCGCAGAGGAUUCAUAGUUACCUCUCAUGCAAAAUGCUCAUGUUUUAUAAAUGUUCCUAUGUUUGAAACACUCCAGGGUCUAGUGCCACACUGUAUUUUCAGAAACUGUGCACAAUGUGCAGGUUCAACAGUAAGGUAAAGUGUUCGCUUUGUCUAUAUCAUGAAACAAUAAGAAAUGAGAUUUAAUGCCAAUGAACAUUCUUGAUGUGUCAGUAUUUAAUACGUAAUGUGCAAAUAAAUGCAUGCAUGGUGCUGCUUUUGUUAAACAAA